AUGGCCGUGAAGAAGAAAUCUAAGGUCAGCGAAGACGGCGAGCUGGACCUGUUCCUUUUCGGAGGAGCAAAGACGUUCCCCGGGUACUUCCCCGGUUACUCCAAGGUGCUAGGGGGCGCCUUGAACAAAUUUUGCUGGAAUUUGAUCAAGACACAUCCACGCCGAUCCCAAGCAGGGUCUGUGACUUUAUGCUCAGCGGAUCCCCGUGAUUUGCCAGAGGUGAAUUUUAGGUUCUUCAGUGAACAUGACAACCAAGACAGACCCGAUGAUGACCUCACUGCGAUAGCAGACGGAGUUGAAUUUGCACGUUCAAUACUCAAAAGUAUCCCAGAGCCUAUCGGACCCAUGGUAGAGGAGUUUCCUGGCACCUCAAUCGAGCGUGUCGACGCACUGAAGCAGGAUAUCAAAGACAAAGCAUUCUCACACCAUGCGACAAGCACAUGUCAUAUCGGAGCAGAUGGAGAUCCAAUGGCAUGCCUUGAUUCACGAUUCCGCGUGCGAGGUGUUGAGAGCUUGAGAGUUGUUGAUGCUUCCGUGUUUCCGCAUGUACCCGGAGCUUUUCCUGCUCUUCCUGUUUAUAUGAUUAGCGAGAAGGCAACGGAUGUGAUAUUGGAAGACAUUGAGUUGGAUCUGGAUGAUGCGGUACUUGGAGAAGCCUUAGAAGAUAUGGUACUAGAGAAUAGCGAUUAG